AUGAGCACACAAACACAAACAGAGACAAUCGUACUCCAACCAACACCUCAUACCGAAGCCAACACAAACGAAAAUGAGAGCACCCAAGACCAAAGUCCCCCGGAAGUAAAAUGGAUGUAUCCCAAGAUCCUCAGCGCAGGAUUAUCCUUCUUCGUGGCGGGAGUCAACGACGGAAGUCUAGGAUCGAUACUUCCCUAUGUGAUCCGCUCUUACGAUAUCAGCACUGACAUGGUAGCUGUACUAUACGGCACAACCUUCUUCGGCUGGCUCGUCGCAGCCCUAACAAACAGCACAAUGACCCAAUACCUAGACCUAGGCCCAAUCCUCUGCCUAGGCGCCGCCAUCCAAAUUCUAGCACACGUCCUGCGAGUCUGGCUACCCCCAUUCGGGCUAUUUGCGGUAACAUUCUUCCUCGCCAGUCUGGGCCAAGCCUACAAUGAUACGCACGCCAAUACAUUCGUUGCUUCCUUGCACGGCGCCCACCGGUAUCUUGGAUUUAUCCAUGCCAUGUAUAUGGCUGGGUGUUUAGUAGGACCGUUUGUGGCGACGGGGGUUGCGUCGGCGAAUGUGGAUUCGAAGUGGUAUCUGUUUUAUGUCUUCCCGCUUGGGGUGGGGAUUGCCAAUCUUGCGCUUGUUGGUGCUUCGUUUCGGGAUCGUAUGGCUUCUGCUUUGACUUCUAGUCGGAGGAGGGAGCGGAGGGAGAGGAAUGCUAGUGGGGGUGCGUUGAAGGAGAUUAAGGAAACGCUUUCUAUUUCUGGGGUUUGGCUGUUGAGUUGGAUGGUCGAGUACCUCGUCAAUGUCCGCGAUGGCGACGUCAAACAAAUGGGUUAUGUGCCGGCUGGCUUUUAUGGCGGUGCAUUUCUUGGACGGCUUCUUUUGGCAGAGCCCACGCAUCGGUUUGGAGAGCGGCGGAUGAUCUUCAUUUACGCUGUGCUCUGCUUGGGAUUGCAGUUGAUAUUUUGGCUUGUCCCGAAUAUCAUCACCGAAGCAGUAGCAGUCAGCUUACUCGGUCUCUUUAUGGGUCCAUUCUUUGCAACGGGUAUAUCAGUAGGCACAAAGAUCUUCCCACCAGAACUUCAGUCUUCCGCUAUCGCAUUCGUCUUCGUCUUCGGCCAAAUUGGUGGCUCUGUCUUCCCUGCUUUGACUGGUAUCAUUGCCACUAGGGUUGGCGUGCAGGUUCUACAGCCUAUGCUUGUUGGAUUGAUUGGUGCGUCGGGAUUGAGUUGGUUGAUUUUGCCGAAGGAUGCUGAGUUGCAUCGGGAUUAA